UGUUAAGUUAUUCCAGUUGCGUAGCUGUAUAGAUUGAAUUUAGUUACCUAAGAGAAAAAAAUGCUUAUAUUCUCUAAAGAUUUAGAGGCACAUGUAUACGUUUACUUGUGAUUACAUUUCGCUUUAAUUUGUGACAAGGGAUUGCACUGCAUACAUGUGUAAUCCGUGGGAGAGCGAAACGCUGACCUACAUAAACGAUCCGCAGAAGUCGCUUGUCAAAGGUCUGACGUCGGCAUGUCGUUAUCUUAGGCUUCGCAGACGCAUUGCAGAGACUAGGGAGCGAUGUUUUGAAUGUAUGUCGAGUGUAGCAGUUCGUCUCGUUAAAACUGACUGGAGACGUGAAAUAUGGUGAAUCAUUCAAUUGCGGAUAACCCUAUUAUGGGUCAUCCGCCUCAUUAUCUACACGAAUUACCUGUAGAAGAUGAGGAGAGGUUGGAGAACUUAUUUAAAACGUUGGACACUGACGGAAAUGGAAAAAUUGACAUUCACGAUCUCUCAGCAGCUCUGAAGGAAUUCGGUGUCCACCAGAAAUAUGCCCAGAAAUUUUUGGAACAUUCUGACCAAAACAAAAGUGGAGAUAUCAGCUUAGCUGAGUUCAUCCACUAUGUAAGGGAACAUGAGAAGAAUCUGAGAUUACAAUUCUCAAGCCUGGAUAAAAAUAAAGAUGGUCGAAUUGAUGUUGAAGAACUGAUCAAAGCAUUUAAAGAAUUGGGUGUCGAGAUAGAGGCAAAAGAAGCCACCAAAUUAUUACAAAGGAUGGACCAGGAUGGAAGCCUCAACAUUAGCUUUGAUGAAUGGAGGGAUUUUCUUUUGUAUGCUCCAAGCACUGACAUCUUUGAGCUCAUCAAGUAUUGGAGACAUGCUACGUAUCUCGAUAUUGGAGAGGAUAUGAGCGUACCAGAUGACUUCUCGCAGAAGGAGAUGAACACAGGGAUGUGGUGGCGCCAUCUUGUAGCUGGAGGAAUGGCAGGAGCAGUUUCACGGACAUGUACUGCCCCUCUUGAUAGACUGAAAGUUUACCUCCAGGUCCACGGAUCAAAACAAACAAGCAUGAGGUCAUGCUUAAACCAUCUCUUUAAGGAAGGAGGUUUUUGGAGCUUUUGGAGAGGCAAUGGGAUAAAUGUUGUUAAGAUUGCUCCAGAAUCUGCUAUUAAGUUCAUGGCUUAUGAACAGUGUAAAAGAUUAAUCCGAGGAAAUAAUACUCGUGAACUUUCGAUCUAUGAAAGAUUUGUAGCUGGAUCUCUUGCAGGUGGCAUAAGCCAGACUGCAAUAUACCCACUAGAGGUGCUGAAAACAAGAUUAGCUUUACGUAAAACUGGCCAAUAUAAAGGAAUAGCAGACGCGGCCAAAAAGAUCUACAAGAAAGAAGGACUAAGGAGCUUCUACAGAGGCUAUGUUCCUAACUUACUAGGAAUUAUUCCAUAUGCAGGAAUCGACCUUGCUGUGUAUGAGACACUCAAGAACACAUACCUUCGCAAGCACAAUGACGGGUCAACGCCAAGUGUCCUACUACUUCUAACUUGUGGGACUAUAUCAAGUACGUGUGGGCAGGUUUGCAGUUAUCCACUAGCACUUGUUAGGACAAGGUUACAAGCACAAGUUAUAACCACUGGCAAUGGGUCUGCUCAUGCCCACAAUGGAACUAUGUCAAGAGUAAUCCGGACAAUAAUCCAAGAUGAAGGCUUCCUAGGACUGUACCGUGGAAUAACACCCAACUUUUUGAAAGUGGCGCCUGCCGUCAGUAUUAGCUAUGUUGUUUAUGAAAGAGUUCGUCAGGCACUAGGAGUGAACAUGACGUGAUGCCAUCUUGCUUUAGGAAUUGUUUAUUUAAAAUUUACAAGAGUCCUAAAGACCACAUGGUCAUGACUGUUGAUAGAUCCGUCAUAAUUUAUUUGUGGUUGUAACUGAAAAACUACAGUUACAGUUAAUCUGUGAUUCUGAGUAUUUCUCAAAUUUUGUGAAAGUGAUAGUUCUUUUUUAAUAAUGUUUACAAGACAUUUGUCAUUAUUUGUAUAUGAUGUAUGAGUUCUGUGUAUGUGUAAUUUUCUUGUGUCCGGAUAAAUACCUUUCUUAAAAAGUCUUUGCCAAAAAAGGUGUUUUCCUUAGCAAAUAUUUUGGUUUGUGUGUGUGUGUGUGUGUGUGUGUGUGUGUGUGUGUGUGUGUGUGUGUGUGUGUGUGGGCGUGUGUGUAAGACAUACAAUUCUGUAACAGAAAUGUUGUUUAAUGAUUAAUCAGUAUUGAGUUUUCUGGGAAUUAACUUAAAAUUUGAGAAGCUCAUUCAUCUUUAGCGAAUCCAGUACAAUUGCCAGACUAAUAUUACUCUUAAAAUUGCAUUUUCUUCAUAAAUGAUUCAAGAGACUAACUACAUCUUGAUUGAAACUCUAAAGAAUGGUCUAGACCCAGACUAUACUUUCUAGAGCUAUUACUUACUGAUGGUUGAGGUAUGUGUCAGUUAAUUGACACACUAUACUCUGAAUCUCAUCAUGUUACUUUGUCUUGUGCAUGUUCUGUUAAAUUAUAUACAUUCCGUUUGUCUGUGCCUGUCAGGAUUUAUUUUACUGUAUUACUGCUGCUGUGUCAGUAAAUUGUUUUCAGCAGUACUCUUUUUUUUUUCUUCACUAAGUCUUAGUAAAUUGCUGUAUCAGUAUUUACAACACAAGAAAAUUGUUGGGUUAAAAAAUAUGCAGAAGCAUUUUGGUUUGUGUCAUUGCUGCUCCAUGUGAAAGAGCAACAAAAUAUUGCAAAUAGAAAAUGGAUAAUUUUAUAUUGGAACCCUGCUAUGCAUUAUUUUUGUGAAAUUUUUGGCGUAUUCGUGCAUGCGAGAGAAAAGAACACAUUGGAUGACAUUCAUCAAAUAAUGCAAUUAUGAAGCAAAAAAUGUGUUACUUGUUACAGACAUUAUUUAAAAUUGUUGAAUGAAAGACUUAAAAACGACACAGCAUUGGCAUAAAUAAAAUUCCCAUACUGUACUGUAGAAAUUAUAACUAUUAAUGGACCAGAAGUGACAAAGAAGUGGUUGACGAGCAAUCUCAGGCUUUUAGAAACAAAAUAUUAUCAAACGUGAGAGAAGAGAGCAAAUGGUGGCAGAGGUGCAAGUGAUACCUUUUUUUCAAAAUAGAAAAAAGAUAGGAACAAAUUUUGGGUCAGGGGCUAAUUGCAGAAUUCAAAAUAUUAAAUGGUUUGUUAAAGAAUGACUGCUUAGAAAAUGAGAGCGUCAUUGUAGGGAAACUAGGAAAUAGAAAUCAAAUGAAGAAAUGUUUGUGUAGGAAGAACCAAGCAAAAAAUUAAAACAAUAAACUACUUUGGAAAAAUAAGGUUAAAAACCCAAGUAAAAAAUUGAAGAGGGACAAUGAAAAAAGAGUAGGUUGGAGAUAAAAGGAAUAAGCCAAUGGUAAUUGUGUUGAGGGGUAUAAGCAUUAUGAAAAUAUCUGGAAGUGUAGAGAAGGAACAAGAGACCCAACAGGAAUAAAUUACCAUGGGAUCCGUUGAGAUAAUCAGCAAGUGCCAAGUUUGCUUUGGAGUAAUCAAAUAAAUCUACUGAAAAUUUUAUUGCAUUUGGCAUGACUUGCUGAAUAAAUUAGGGAGAGGUUCCUGCUUUUAAUGUCACAAAGCACAGUUUGCAACUGGCUGCUGUUUUUUCACAGUAUACAGUAUUGAUUUGCACUCACUAUUUAAAAUUUUAUUUUGAGUGUACUUUAUAUAUAAAGUAACACUGCUGUUUCAGUAUACGCUCACUGUACUUGUGUCUUAUAGUUGUCUUGUGCAUCACAGUAAUGCAGAUAUGCAGAGAUACUUAUCUCAGGGGAAGACUAAUUCAUUAAAGUGCUAGGAAGUGCCCAGCACUGACAUGAGCAAAACAAAGUAAUACCAAAGAGUCCAUGUGAGUGGUAAAAUAAUAAUUUAAUUUAGCUUACACUGUAGACUUCAAACUACAUGAACCAUUUGGUGUCUUUGCUUCAGAAUCAUGCAGUGCCAAAUAGUUGGUACAGCAUUGCUUGGUACAGACCAUCUUCCUAUGCUUAAUGUAGGUUGGGUUCUAGCUAGUUUUCCUCUCCCUGUUAUUAAUUAAGCUCAAAUUUCAACAUACGUUAUGACUACAGUCUCUGCCAGCUGGUUGCUUAGGCACUCUAAUUCCUGCAGCAUUUGUUCUGUCAGUAGUUCUUGUUUACAUUCUGUAAUAUGCCCCUUAUGGACCCAAAAUUAGAAGUUUGUCAGAUGCCCAUCUGCUACCUGUGCUAUUGUUUUAUCUGUCCAUUUUGAAGAGGCUGUGUAUUUAGCAAAGUUUAAAAUUUGUCUUAACUGAUACUAGGUACCUCAUUUUCAGAGAAGAAAUAGUAUGGGCAUUUUAUUAAUGCUAAUACAUAAUAAUUUUGUUAAUGACUCUGAAAACAUUUCUUGACAAUUGGCAUCAUGAGAAAGCUAUAUGCAUUUUGUUUAUCCCAGAAAACAUGUAAUGGAUGUACUGCUGAAAUUUAUUGAGACUUGUUAUACAUGACAUGUACAUUCCUAACAAAAGAAAUUGUUUGUGAAUAUAAAAAUGCAUUUCUGACUUUUUAAUUGUCUAACAGUCAUGUUUUAUGAAUCUGUGAUGUAAAUUCAAGGCCAUUUUGCAAUAAAAUAACCUUGUAAUAUAUAUAUAAAAGGCAGUUUUGUUUAGCUUGUACAUGAGAAUGUUUGUAGUGUGUCUUGUCUGCAGAAUGUGAAAGUGUUGAGUUUAAAUUUCUGCUUCAGAAAGAGACUACAUAAAUGUAUGAAAUAUUAAACACUUAUUGUACUGGAAAAUCCUUCAUGGAAAAUAAAUAAUGGAAGCAGUAACUAUAACAAGUCACCCUGUAGAUGAAGCACUGAGUUGUCAGUAGGCAAAUAAACAAGACAGAAUAUUA